AUGGACGACCCAUUCACGUCGCCUGCGGCGGCGAGAAGGCCACAGCACCGGCCAGAUGCUGUGAUAACCAGCUCGUUGGAGCAAACACCUUCCCCAGAGCUCCUCACACCUGAUCUUAACCCCACCUCGCUUCGCGCACGACUCCAAGCCAUCCUCGAUGACAAGUCGCGCCAACUCGCAAAUGUGGGCUCGUUCGGCCAGCGCUUGCUCUCUCAGCAGAGUGAGCUCGAGGACCGAAUCAAAACCCUGGGCGAGGAGCAACAUGACGGCGAGAUCAGCGAGGAGACGCACGCCAAGCUCCGCGAACUUGAGGAUGCCAUGAAGGGCUGGGAGUCUGACAACCAGGACAGCAUGAGGGAUCUCCAUGGCUCAGAGUUCCUGGACGUGGCCGUGACUCCCGUGCCCGUCCCAGUCACACCCGUCAAGGCCAACGAUGGUGGGCCACCACCAAGCACCCUCACGCGGCGGCAACGAAACGUCAACCAGCACCGCGCAAUGGAUAUGGAGUUCGCUACCGAGAUCGGCCAGAACCUGUUGCUCGAGGUGCGCAGGUUACAGGCCCUCGUCAACGAGCGUGAUCGCACCCUCGCCGAGUCCAAGGAUGCAUGGGAGGGCGAGCGCGACACCCUCGUCACUUCUGUGCGCACCGCUGAGGCCAACGCAGAACAACUCAAGGACGUCAACUGGAGUCUCGAGGUCAACCUUCAGGAGCUCCGCGGCCAGCACAGCGAUGUCAUGGGCAACCUGACCAAGGCAACAACAGAGCAAAACCGUCUCACCAAGACGCUUGCUGCCGUUCGAGAGGCCGCCGAAACCCACAAACUGGAAGCUGAGCGCCACCGCGACUUGGUCGAGGAGCUCAAGGUCAAGCACGAGACUGAGAUGGCCCGCGCUCGCAAGACCCACGCCGGCCUCACCCGGGAUAAGAGCGACCUCCUCAACGAUCUCACAAGGAUGCGCAAGGACAAGGAGAGUCUCGACAAGCGCGGCGUGCGUGAGGGCAGCCCUCUUGUCCACAUUUUCACCAACGAGGACUCAUCAAACGACGUGUUUGGUGAUGACAUGCAGUUCAGGAAGCGCCCGGGCUUUGACGCCAAUGACAACGCUCUGUCCCCCUCGCAGCUGUACGCGUCCGACUUUGACUCGCCGGACAACACUCCCAACCGGUCCAUGUCACGCUCGCCCAUGGGCGAGAUGUACGCCGAAGAACUGCGAAUCGAGUAUGAGAAGGCCCAGCAGGAGAUUGCUCUGCUCAAGGAGCAACUUGACGCUCGGCAGCCAGCCGAAGACGUCGAUGAGUUCGGCUCCUUUGGCGGCGGCGACGAGCCCACGCUUAGAGCGCGCGGCAGCAAGACCCCUAGUCGUGGACGCCGUGGUCGCGGCGGGCGCGGCGUCGGCUCUACCGUUACCAGAAAGCUCGGCUUCCCCCGGUCCAACUCUGGCCUCAGUGCAAGCGGGUCCGCGGCUGAUGUCAGCUUCCAGUCUUCACUGGGCACGCCCGACCUCCUUCGUGCCGACCGCGCCGCCUCGCCGGAGCACGCUUCUCCUCUUGCUCGUCGCGGUAAUCUCGCCGAUUCUCUUGGCGACGACUUUGACAACGACUCCCCAACGCACUCGCGCAACCUCUCAGAUGCCAGCUUCGACGCAACUCGCCUCUCUCUCGACUUCUCACGCCGGUCACAAGACCUCAGAGCCACUGGCGCUCCCCUGGCACUUGAGCUGUCCCAAUCAUCGUCGUCUUAUGCCGAUGCCAGCGUCAUGACAGAGGACGACGAGUGGUCGCGCCGUGAUACUGCAACUAUACGCCCGUCAGAGACUAUGCGCCCCUCCAUUCCUUCCAUGGAACCUCCCUCAACUCGAGACCUCGCAGACGAGGUCACUCCGAACUCACGCACCGUUCCUCUUCCUCCACGCCCUCCCACCGCCGAUGGCUUCCGCACGGACACGACUGACGCGGAUACCGACUUUGAGGACGCCCGCGAGACCGUCGGCACUCUCACGCCUGUGCAGACGCAGUCCGAGCUGCCCACGGACACCGAAGCGUACGCUACGGCCACCGCGGGCGAGGAGUCGAGCGCCUCUGACGACGACAGUGACGAAGAUCGCGCCUCCUCGAUGCGCCGUCUUGGCGGCCUGGGUGGCGGCGUCGGUGCCACGCUUGGGCUGGGUCUCGGCGCGGUGGCAGCCGGGUCUGGAUUCUACGAGGCCCGCCGGAUAUCUCGCAUGAAGUCGAGCGACAAGGUGCGCGAGCGCGUUGUCGAAGUCCCCGUCGACCGCGAGGUCAUUCGGGAAGUUAUCAAGGAGGUUCCCAUUGAGAAGAUCGUCGAGGUCAGUGUCGAGAAGGUCGUGGAGAAGGAGGUCAUCAAGGAGGUUCCUGUCGAGAAGAUUGUCGAGAAGAUUGUCGAGAAGGUCGUCGACCGCCCGGUCGAGGUCAUUGUCGAGAAGAUUGUCGAAAAGGAGGUGCUGGUCGACCGCAUCGUUGAGAAGAUCGUCGAGAAGGAGGUACCUGUUGACCGCAUCGUUGAGAAGGAGAUCAUCAAGGAGGUCACUGUCGAGAAGAUUGUCGACCGCCCAGUCGAGGUCAUCGUCGAGAAGAUCGUCGAAAAGGAGAUCAUCAAGGAGGUACCUGUCGAGGUCAUUAAACAGGUCCCAGUCGAGGUCAUCAAGGAGAUCGAGGUCGAGAAGAUUGUCGAGAAGCCUUUCGAAGUCGAGAAGAUCGUCAUCAAGGAGGUCUUUGUCGACAGGCCUGUUGACAAGAUUGUCGUGGUCGAAAAGAUCGUCGAGAAGGAGGUCAUCAAAGAAGUCCCAGUUGACCGCAUUGUCGAAAAGAUCAUCGAUCGGCCCGUCGAGGUCAUCAUCGAGAAGAUUGUCGAGAAACCUGUCGAGAUCGAGAAGAUCGUCGAGGUGCCCAAGAUCAUCGAGGUCGAGAAGGUCGUCGAGAAGGUCGUCGAGCGCCAAGUCGAGGUCCCCAAGAUUGUCACUGUUGAAAAGGAAGUCGAGAAGAUCAUCCGAGUUCCAGUCAACGUCGACGUCGAAAGAAUUGUCGAAAGGGAAGUCGUCAAGGAGGUGCCCAUCGACCGAAUCGUUGAGGUCGAGAAGAUCGUCGAGAAGAUCGUCGUGACCAAGGUCGAGGUGCCUGUCGAGGUCCCCGUUGAGCGCAUCGUCGAGGUGGAGAAGAUCGUCGAGAAGACGGUCGAGGUACCCAAGGAAGUCAUCGUUGAGCGCAUCGUUGAGAAGGCCAUCGAGGUGCCCAUCGAGGUCGAGAAGAUUGUGGAGAAGGUGGUGGAGAAGGAGGUCAUCAAGGAGGUCUUCGUCGAUAAACUUGUCGAGGUCAUUGUCGAGAAGAUUGUUGACCGACCUGUGGAGGUCGAGAAGAUUGUGGAGAAGGAGGUCAUCAAGACGGUGGAGGUGCCGGUGGAGGUCAUCAAGGAGGUCCCUGUCGAGGUGAUCAAGGAGGUGAUCAAGGAAGUCGAGGUGAUCAAGGAGGUCACCAAGGAGGUUCCAGUCGAAAUCAUCAAAGAGGUCCAGGUCGAAGUCAUCAAGGAGGUGCCCGUCGAGUGCAUCGUCGAGAAGGAGGUUGUCCGCGAGCUGCCUGUCGAGAAGAUCGUCGAGAAGAUUGUCUACAGGGACGCACCUGUGACAGUCACCGAGACUCCUGCGACGCCUGCUCGUGGCCGCACCCAGACUCCCACACGCGACCGUGCCCUCACUCCGACUACCAGGCAACUCAACGUUCCCCCUCCCACCGUCUCACCAGGUUCCCCUCGCGCUCCCGACCUUGGCUUGUUCCGCGUAUCUCCUGGCGCCAACUACGACUUCCUUAAGUCGCCGCCUCCACCUCGGGAACGCUCGCGGUCUCCCCGUCUCAUCGAGGGCAACCCUGUCGCUGGAGUGCCCCGCUCUCGCGAUCUGUCCGCCGAGGGUGACGACGACGCGCUUGAACCACCAACCCCCCUUACCCCGUCUGCUGACCGCUCGCGCCCUCCUAAGAUGCACCUGCCCCCUCCUCCCACUUUACCCCCUCCGCCAGGCACUCUGGUCAAGAAGAUGUCCAUGGGCCCGCCGCCAGUCCCGAUCACCCGCGCCUUGUCUCCUGCCGACGACAUCGCGCGCGCCGUCUCCCCAACUGGUUCGACGUACAGCCGCACUCGCCGGUCCGCGCCCUCCUCUGCUGGCCCAGCUAUCCGUGUCGCGAACGGCACGGCGACCAUCCACCCGCCCCAGAAACUUAUUAGGGAGGUUUCGAAAGCGAGCCUCCGAUCGCAGGGUGGUUCGAGGCCUGCAGAGGUCGAUGCUUGGGCCAAGUCUAGAGAGAGCGUCAAGCGAAAGGCAACACAGGUCAUUAAUGAACACCCCCGCCAGAGCACGAUGAGCGGUUACACAUCGGCAAGCUCCAGCGUCACCGACCUCCGCGAGCUGCGUGAGGGCGCCCCGUCCUUCACGUCGUCUGUCGACAGCCUUGUCGCUCAACGGCGCGGCGGGGCAACUCGGCAGCCCUCAACCGACCCGGCUACAAUUCACGCAAUCACGCAGACCAUGAUCGGCGAGUAUCUUCACAAGUACACGCGUCGGACCAUUGGCCGCGGCAUGUCCGAGAAUCGCCACAAGCGCUUCUUCUGGGUUCAUCCGUACACGAAGACGCUCUACUGGUCGUCGCAGGACCCUGGAGGAGGUUCCACUACCGAGUCCAAGGCCAAGAGCGUGUACAUCUCGGCUAUCCGCGAGAUUGACGACUUCAACGCGACCCCGCCAGGCCUAUACGUCAAGAGCAUCGUAAUCUCGACGCUUGGCCGCGAGAUCCAGUUGACGGCUCCUACGAAGGAAAGGCACGAUCUGUGGCUCUCGGCACUCAACUUCCUGCUGCAGCAGGGCGCGGGAGCGCCCAGCGGCACACUCGCUGCGCGCGUCACGACCGAGCGGCCGCGCCGGCUCAGCGUUAUACCCGACGAGCAUGGUGCGUUACGCUCUCCGGCCAAGAGCAUGAGCCGGUUGAGCGUGCGCAGUGUGGACCGGGAGAUGUUAUCGACCCCACGUGCGCAGCCACCGCGUCCAGCCAGCGCCAUGAGCGCGGGUGGCCGUGCAUCGAGCAUGCGUGCUCGCGCCUCCAAUGCCGCCGACUCCUACAUGCGGCGCCACGCCGUGCCAUCUCCGCACUAUGGCGGGCACCGGUACAAGGGAGCGUACAAGGGUGCGCCAAUCACGACCACGACCGGCUACGAGGAGGAAGUGGAGGAGGAUGACCUGGACGAUUCCUUUGAGGGCUUGGACAACGUCCGGGCAUGCUGCGACGGGCGACACACUGUGGGCGGGCACAACCACGAGUCUGGCCGCGUCACGCCUGCAACCCCCAUCCGGCCGACCACGCCUGGCGCGUCCAUCCGCUCGCGCGCAAGCUCGAUCUUAUCCACUGUCCGGCGGUCGAACGUGUACAACUAG